CAUUUACAGUUCUUGUUUAAUAAUGGUGUUUUUAAUGUUUAAUAAAAUACUUCUUCUUUGCUUUGCAAAUUUUAUUAGCUGCAGUACUGGAACCAUUGUACUCAAUACGAAAAGAAAUGCAAAUGGAGAUUGUAAAGAGAGUGUUCAAGCAUGGGAUAACACAGAUCUCAACUCAAUUGAAAUCCAAUUUAAAAAGAAGUGGUGGAAUUCACAUGAUUUAGAACAAGUUGAUGUUAACUUCUUCUUGGAAGUUUAUAAUGAGCAGAAUAAAGUUAUAACUGUUAACUGGACUCAAAGCGUCAAAAAUCAAGAAAAAAUUAACUUUUCCUCUCAGCUUGGUAGAUUAGAGUUAUGCAAUUCAAAUGGAGAAAAUUUCAAAGUGAAUAUCUUUCUAGAGGUUUCCGGAUGUACAGAAAAUAUUAAAAGACAGGUCACAAACAUGGUUGAUUGGAACUCAGAAAGAGAAUAUAUUAAAGCUCUGUCUGACUCCAAAACUUCAGUCAAUGCAUCCUUUAGAAUAGAAAAUGGUAGCAUGAUAGUGGACAAUUGGGGAGCUUUAAGCAAUCUUAGUGCUUGCUCUGAAAUUUCAUACAUAAGACUUCAGAAUGAACAAAACUACUACUUAUCGGAAAAAGUGUAUAAAACUAGUUUUCUGGUAUUCAGCAAUUUAGCAGAAAUAGUUUUAACUAAAAAUGACUGCUCUGAGAGAAAUUAUUAUUUAGAAAUGGAGUACAAGGACUUUUACAAAAACAAUAAGUUACAAAAAGUUCUCUUUGGUCAUUUGAAAACAAAUUUUCAUGCUGCUGCAAUAUUUUUCAAGAACUUAACAUCCAUGGAUAUAACAACAAAUAAUACUGGAAUAUAUAUCUUAAGGAAAAUACAAUGGCCCAGGAUGGGCUGCAACCCUUCUUUACAAAUAUUCAGUUUAAAAGAUUCUUAUUAUCAUCGGUUAACUUCAACAUUUCAACGAACUCAGGAUUUUCCUUUUUUUCCGUUUGACACACAGACUGGCCAUUGUUAUAUAUCAGCAGGUUAUCCCAUUACUGUAAGGCUAAACGAUGUCAGAGGCAUUCUUGAAGUUGAGAAGCUAAUAACUGCCAGUUAUGGAAAAUAUGUUGCUGACAAUUCUAUUAAAAACAUGAGCUGCAAAGUUUACCAUCUUGGGCUUGAAUCAAAUUUAGAGUUUGUUGGUAGUGAUCUAGCUGUAGCAAGCUCUAUCAGCCAAUAUGGUCUGGUUGGUAUCUCAUUAUUCCUGAUUUUUUGCUCAGUAGCAGCAUUUUUAGUGUUGAGACUCAAGAUAAAUCCCACAGGAUUAACCGUUCUGAAAUUCAACCGGAGGCCUAUAAAACAGAAUAUUGACAGUGCACUGAAAGAAGAUCAAGCUUUGAAAAUGGAAUUUCUUUCAAUUGAAAACACAUCUCUGAAUGAAAUCUACAAGAAAGAAACAUCUUUGGUUGGAAAAACCCCUGAAAAUCGUAAACACAACAGAUACAAUGACAUCAUACCAUUUGAUUCAAAUAUUGUAACCCUUUCUGAAAAAACAGGGGAACCACCAUCAACAUAUAUGAAUUGUUCCUUCAUAAAAUUUUAA